AACAAAAAAAGUUUUUAGGGUUGAAUAUUUUUGUCAAAAUUUACAGAGGUUUUUAGAGAUGAAGAUCACAGCAUUGAUGGUGUUGAAAUGCAAUCUAGAAGGUUCGGAUCCAGUGAAUUUAGCGAACGCAUCUGAUAUGAGCCAUUUCGGGUAUUUUCAGAGAUCCAGCGUUAAGGAAUUCAUCGUUUUCGUGGGUCGGACCGUCGCUAAACGGAACCCACCGGGCCAACGCCAAUUCGUUCAGCAUGAAGCAUACAAGGUACAUUCAUACAAUCGAAAUGGUUUAUGUGCUUUGGGUUUCAUGGAUGAUCACUAUCCAGUUCGAAGUGCAUUUUCACUGCUCAACCAGGUUCUGGAUGAGUAUCUAAGGAGUUUUGGUGAGUCAUGGAAAACCGUGCAAAGCGACAAUGCUCAACCAUGGCCUUAUCUGAAUGAGGCUCUAGCCAAAUUUCAGGAUCCUGCUGAGGCUGAUAAGUUGUUCAAAAUUCAGAGAGAGCUGGACGAAACAAAAAUUCUCCAUAAGACAAUUGACAGUGUCUUAGAACGGGGAACAAGAGAACAUGUCAUUAGCUAG